GACUGACACUAUCUGUGCGUGAAUGGGUGGGGCGUCUGGCGUCCCCAGUCUUAUAAAUAGGAGCCGGUGAGCAGAGAGCUGCGUAGUUCACAAGCGGACAGUGUUGUUAAAGGUGAGCGGUAUCGGCGUUGACAGGCUGAUUUUAUAGCCUUCCACUUCAAUAUGCAGAUCUUUGUGAAGACCUUGACUGGCAAGACCAUCACCCUAGAGGUUGAGCCCAGUGACACUAUUGAGAAUGUCAAGGCUAAGAUCCAGGACAAAGAAGGCAUCCCACCCGACCAGCAGAGGCUGAUCUUUGCAGGCAAGCAGCUGGAAGAUGGCCGUACCCUAUCUGACUACAACAUCCAGAAGGAAUCCACCCUCCAUCUUGUGCUGCGUCUGAGAGGUGGUAUGCAGAUCUUUGUGAAGACCCUGACGGGCAAGACCAUAACCCUAGAGGUUGAGCCCAGUGACACUAUUGAGAAUGUCAAGGCUAAGAUCCAGGACAAAGAAGGCAUCCCACCUGACCAGCAGAGGCUGAUCUUUGCAGGCAAGCAGCUGGAAGAUGGCCGUACCCUAUCUGACUACAACAUCCAGAAGGAAUCCACCCUCCAUCUUGUGCUGCGUCUGAGAGGUGGUAUGCAGAUCUUUGUGAAGACCCUGACGGGCAAGACCAUAACCCUAGAGGUUGAGCCCAGUGACACUAUUGAGAAUGUCAAGGCUAAGAUCCAGGACAAAGAAGGCAUCCCACCCGACCAGCAGAGGCUGAUCUUUGCAGGCAAGCAGCUGGAAGAUGGCCGUACCCUGUCUGACUACAACAUCCAGAAGGAAUCCACCCUCCAUCUUGUGCUGCGUCUGAGAGGUGGUAUGCAGAUCUUUGUGAAGACCCUGACCGGCAAGACCAUCACCCUAGAGGUUGAGCCCAGUGACACUAUUGAGAAUGUCAAGGCUAAGAUCCAGGACAAAGAAGGCAUCCCACCCGACCAGCAGAGGCUGAUCUUUGCAGGCAAGCAGCUGGAAGAUGGCCGUACCCUGUCUGACUACAACAUCCAGAAGGAAUCCACCCUCCAUCUUGUGCUGCGUCUGAGAGGUGGUAUGCAGAUCUUUGUGAAGACCCUGACGGGCAAGACCAUCACCCUAGAGGUUGAGCCCAGUGACACUAUUGAGAAUGUCAAGGCUAAGAUCCAGGACAAAGAAGGCAUCCCACCUGACCAGCAGAGGCUGAUCUUUGCAGGCAAGCAGCUGGAAGAUGGCCGUACCCUGUCUGACUACAACAUCCAGAAGGAAUCCACCCUCCAUCUUGUGCUGCGUCUGAGAGGUGGUAUGCAGAUCUUUGUGAAGACCCUGACCGGCAAGACCAUCACCCUAGAGGUUGAGCCCAGUGACACUAUUGAGAAUGUCAAGGCUAAGAUCCAGGACAAAGAAGGCAUCCCACCCGACCAGCAGAGGCUGAUCUUUGCAGGCAAGCAGCUGGAAGAUGGCCGUACCCUGUCUGACUACAACAUCCAGAAGGAAUCCACCCUCCAUCUUGUGCUGCGUCUGAGGGGUGGCUGUUAGUUAUUGUGGACCAUGCUUUACAUGAUUGCCAAUAGCAUUUGUUUUUGCACUGUAGCCCUUUAAUGUCUUAAUAUUGUAAGUUAAAUACAAGUUGCAGUAACUGCUGAACAGUCUGUGAAUGCUAAUAAAGAUUUUUGUUGCACAUUA